AGGGAAGGAGAACAGGGCGCUGUGGCCGGGCGGGAGGAAGUGAGAGCUCUCGACUCUGACUGUGCUGCGGCUCCGGGUGAGGCCCCAGGUGCGCCCGAGAUGCUGCUGCGCCCGAAGCCGGGGCUCCCGCUGCUGUCGCCGCUGCUGCUGCUCCUGGGGCCUCUGGGUCCCCUCUCUCACGGCGCCCUGGCGGAGCCAGCGCCGGCCGAGGACGCGGUGGAGCUAGACUUCGCCACCGAGCGGGCGCUGCACCUGGUGAGCCCCGCUUUCCUGUCCUUCACCAUCGACGCCAACCUGGCCACCGACCCGUGGUUCCUCACCUUCCUGGGUUCUCCAAAGCUUCGCACUUUGGCCAAAGGUUUGUCUCCCGCAUACCUGAGAUUUGGCGGCACCAAGUCAGACUUCCUCAUUUUUGAUCCCAAGAAGAAACCAUCCUUCGAAGAGAACUCUUACUGGCAAACUCAAGCCAACCAGGACAUUUGCCGAAGUGGGUCCUUCCCUCCUGACGUGGAGAAGAGGCUACAGUCAGAGUGGCCAUUCCAGGAGCAAUCACUCCUCAGAGCACAGUAUCAGAAGAAGUUCAAGAACAGCACCUACUCAAGGAGCUCAGUGGAUAUGCUGUACACUUUUGCACAUUGCUCAGGACUGGACUUGAUCUUCGGUCUAAACGCCUUACUAAGGACCCGCGAUUCGCAGUGGGACAGUUCGAAUGCUCGGUUGCUCCUGGACUACUGUUCUUCCAAGAAUUAUAGCAUUUCUUGGGAAUUAGGCAAUGAACCAAACAGUUUCCGGAUAAAGUCUGGUAUUUUCAUCGAUGGAUUGCAGUUAGGAAGAGAUUUUGUUCGGUUGCGUAAGCUUCUAGGAAAGACCACUUUCGAAAAUGCAAAACUCUAUGGUCCUGAUAUUGGUCAGCCUCGAGGAAAGACUGUUGAUUUGCUGAGGAGUUUCCUGAAGGCUGGAGGAGCAGUGAUUGAUGCAGUUACAUGGCAUCACUACUAUGUGAAUGGACGAAUUGCUACCAAAGAAGAUUUCCUAAACCCUGAUGUAUUAGACACAUUUAUUUUAAGCGCGCAAAAAAUGUUUCAGGUUGUGGGGGAGACCAGACCCGGCAAGAAGGUGUGGUUAGGAGAGACAAGCUCUGCGUAUGGGGGAGGAGCACCAUUGCUGUCCGACACCUUUGCUGCUGGCUUUAUGUGGCUGGAUAAACUGGGGCUCUCGGCACGGAUGGGCAUUGACGUGGUGAUGAGGCAAGUGCUCUUCGGAGCUGGGAACUACCACUUGGUGGACAGAAACUUCGAGCCUCUCCCUGAUUAUUGGCUGUCUCUUCUAUUCAAGAAACUGGUUGGCACCAAGGUGUUAAUGGCAAGUGUGAAAGGCCCAGAGAAAAAUAAACUUCGAGUAUACCUUCACUGCACAAACGUUAGCCCCCCAAGGUAUAAAGAAGGAGAUUUAACUCUGUAUGCCUUAAACCUCCAUAACGUCACCAAGAACUUGAAGUUACCGUAUUAUUUAUUUAACAAGAAAGUGGAUAAAUACCUCCUAAAACCUUUAGGACCUGAUGGAUUACUUGCCAAAUCCGUCCAACUCAAUGGUCGAACUCUGAAGAUGGUGGAUGAUCACACCCUGCCAGCAUUGACAGAAAAAACUCUCCGCCCAGGAAGUUCCCUGGGUCUGCCAGCUUUCUCAUUCGGGUUUUUUGUGAUAAGAAAUGCCAAAGCUGCGGCUUGUACCUAAAAGGGAAAAGCAUGCACUAGCCUUGGGAUUGAAUUUUUCCAGGGAAAGGAGAAUAGUAGAGGACAGUCAAGCCAUAGGAAGACAAGCAGAUAAUGUACACAUCAGCCAGUGAGAGCUUCAGAGACACGGGGUCACUAGCAGUGCUAAAUUGAGCACAGCGUUUUGAUCUAAGUAGAACACUGCUAAUAAUAACAGCUAAUAAUACCUUGUGCCA